GCGGGUGUGCGAAGGUGAGACGUGCACGCUGCGAGUAAUUUCAUCGUUUUCGUCGUGCUGAUAUAUUCGUGACGCCGAGCACAUGUGCGGACAAGCCGAACGAUGGACGAACCCGUUGCAACGACUGAAAAAUCGAAGAAGAUAGAGGCUAUAAACAAGGAAACGGUCCAUCACAUCUGCUCCGGCCAGGUAGUGCUCGAUCUUGCGAUUGCAAUCAAGGAGUUGGUGGAGAACAGUUUGGACAGCGGAGCUACAGUGAUCGACGUCAGGCUCACCGAUUAUGGCAAAACGUGCGUUAGCGUCAGUGACAACGGCAGUGGCGUUUUGGAACGGGACUUCGAAGGCUUAGGCUUGAAACAUCACACCUCGAAGCUUCGGGAAUUCACGGACCUGACCGAGGUGAGUACAUUCGGCUUCCGCGGCGAAGCGUUGAGCUCGUUGUGCGCCCUGUCCGAGCUGAGCGUCGUCACCAGGCACUCGUCCGGCGAGCACGGCUUCAAGUUGGAGUUCGAUCGGGGCGGCGUGCUCGCGAGGAGGGAGGCGUGCGCCAGGGAGAGGGGCACCACGGUGCACGUGAGGAACAUAUUCAGGAGUCUGCCCGUGCGAGCGAGGGAGUUUCAGAAGAAUCUGAAGAGGGAGUACGCGCGCGCCAUCCAGGUCCUGUACAGCUACUGCCUGGUCUCCACCAACAUCAAGAUCACGUGCUCCAAUCUGGUGGCGGGCAAAUCGCCGAGUCUCGUCGUCGCCACGAGGAGCACCGGCGACGUGCUGAGCAACGUCAGCUCCGUGUUCGGCAACAGGUCUCUGGACGGGAUCGUUAAACUCGAGCUGCAACCCCCGGACGAGGCGACGCUGCAGGAGCACAAUUUGCCCGGCGACGUUACCGUGGAUUUCGACUGGGAGUGCUACGUGAGCACUUGCGACCACACCGUCGGACGUUCCUCGCCCGACCGGCAGUUCUUUUACGUGAACGGACGGCCGUGCGACCUCACGAAGGUCGGCAAACUGAUCAACAGCGUGUAUCACAAGUACAACAGUAAGCAGUAUCCGUUUGUCUUCUUCAAUGUCAAAUUGGACCGGCAGUGCGCCGACGUUAAUGUCACGCCCGACAAGAGGACGAUAUUCGUUACGCAAGAACGCCUGGUAUUAGCGACACUGAAAUUCAGCCUGACAACAAAAUGGGACAAACUGCAAGGGAAUUUUACCGUCAAGACCUUAACGGAGUUGAAUUUUGGCUUGAAAAGGACAAUCUCGCCUAAUCGCGCGCAUCCGCCGGCUAAAAGAUUACAAGUAUCGCCUUCGGUAUCGCCUUCGGUAUCACGUACUGUGAAGGAGCGUGAUAUACAGACUAAUAUUAAAUCAAUGAAAAAGCCCGUAGAUGUAGAAAUGGUGAUAAGUAUAGUAGCGAUAAGAGAAAAAUUGAACGAAAAAAGAAAUAUCGCUAGAGCACCUGCCAGUACAGCUAAAAGAGUAAAAUAUAGAAUACAAAUGGAAGCUAAUCAAGGCGAGGCUGAAAAGGAGCUUCAGAGAGAAUUGACGAAAGAUUCAUUUGGCAAGAUGGAGGUAAUAGGUCAGUUUAAUCUUGGUUUCAUAAUAGCUCGCUUGGAGGAUGAUCUGUUUAUCAUCGACCAACACGCCACCGAUGAAAAAUUUCGCUUCGAGAAGCUCAGUAACGAAACGAAGCUGAAAACCCAGAAGCUUAUUGCACCAAAGUCGCUGAAUUUCUCCGCGUUGAAUGAAACGAUACUCAUAGAACAUCAGCAAACGUUCGAAGAUAAUGGAUUUACCUUUAAUAUCAAUGAGCAAGCUGAGCCUGGCAAGAAAAUAGAAUUGAUAGGAAUGCCUGUCAGUGGUCACUGGCAGUUCGGUCAAGAGGACAUUGAGGAGUUAGUAUUUCUCAUCAGAGAAGCAGGCAAUGAAAACAGGGAUAGGAGUAUAUAUCGUCCGAGUCGUGUCAGGCAAAUGUUGGCAUCGAGAGCGUGUCGCAGCGCGAUCAUGAUCGGCACAGCGUUAAACACCGGUGAGAUGCAGCGGCUGCUAACGCAAAUGGCGCAAAUGCAGAACCCGUGGAAUUGUCCGCACGGCAGGCCCACCAUAAGGCACCUGUUGUCCUUAUUAUUAAUAAACAAGUGAUCUGUGAUGUUUUCACGAACGUAUUUUACGAAGACAUUUGUGUUCAAAUACAAGCAAAUAAUUCUUCAUCCGCGUUUACGUCUUUAAAAAAAAGUCUCAGUUCGCGAAAUUAAAAAAUUACAUAAAUAAGAAUAAAAUUCAUUUAAGAAACGAAAAUCUUGUAGAUAUAUUUUACAUAGUAUAUUGUUUCUUCACGGUCUCUUAAAA